UUAGACAUGAACGACGCAAUGGGAAGUACAGAAAGGGGCUAUAUAAGCGGAAUGCCCUAAGAAUAAUCGAAACAUUGCCGCAACGUAUUCACAAAUAUGAGAGGUCUGAACAGGGCUGUGGUUACUCUUGGAAUGCUUGCAUACCUUGUGGGUCAUGCGAUCGCGUUGCCUGUUGAGGAUGGUGCGACAGAGACCACAGCGGAGGAACAAACGAUACUCGAUUCCACAGCAUCCGAAUCGACAACAUUAGAUCCCAGCACUGAAACGGAGCCCCAAGAAAUCGACACUACACUACCUGCCCCCGUUCUAUGCGAAGAGGGCGAGGAAUUCCUAGCAGCGCCUAACUGUCAGCAGUACUAUCAAUGCUUGUAUGGGGAGGGAGUUUUAAAACUCUGUCCAUCAGGCCUCUACUGGGACCCUUCGCUAAAUGUUUGCGGCUGGGACUCACAGUACUGUGAGAAUAUCGACGUUCCCGCUGGAACCGAGUCGCCAGAUGACUGUUCAUCUGGCCUACCGUUUCUACCCUAUGAGCCGGACUGCAGCAAGUACAUUCAGUGUGUCUACAAUAUCGGAAUUAAACAGAACUGUCCGAGUGGGCUUUUCUGGAGCCAGCCACUCCAGAGCUGUGACUACACAUGCGACUCCCGCUUUGCGUACCCUGAAGACAAUCAGGAGCAAUGAACGUUUAUGUCGUAACAAACGAAAAUGCGUUCCCAAUAAAUGCAAUAAUACAAAAUACA